GGCAGGAGGGUGGGGCGGGGCACAGUGGGUGGCGGCCCCUCCCGGUUUCCUCCUCCCGACAGCUGAAGCCGGACUCCGUGUGCGGGGUGUGAGGCAACAUGGGCAGCAAGAGGAGAGAGGCCAGGAACAGGAGGGGCAGGGACAGCCCGGCCCCCACACAGUGCGUCCAGGCCCAGUGCUUUGACCCUCUGGUCCGAAACUGCGUGGCCUGCAAUCUCUUCCGGACGCCAGAACCGAGACCGGCCUCGCCUCCCUCCGACCCUUCCCCUCCCCCGCCGUCUCUUCCCUCCUCCCCCUGCCCUCCCUCUCCGUCCCUUCCCCCAGCAGUGGGGGCCAGCAGCAGCCCGGCGCCCGGGACGGCGCUGCAGCCGCAGGAGUCGGUGGGCCCGGGGGGCGCGGCGGAGGCCGAGGCGGCGCUGCCGCUGCCCGCGCUGCUCUUCGGCGCCCCCGCGCUGCUGGGCCUGGCGCUGGCCCUGGUCCUGGUGGGCCUGCUGGGCUGCGGGUGGCGGCGGCGGCGGCUGCGCGCGGGGGCUCCCCCAGGGACUCCGGAGCCGCAACCCGGCGAGACCCUGGACCAUGUCACCAUCCUCCCCCCGGGACCCCUUGAUGCCACCGCUCCCAUCUGGCCUCCAACCAGAGAAGACACAGCCAACACCCCACCUGCCCACAGUGUCCCUGUGCCAGCCACAGAGCUGGGCUCCACUGAGCUGGUGACCACCAAGACAGCCGGCCCGGAGCAGCAGUAGCGUCGGAGGGGGCAGGAGGUGGCCCCUGUCCCCCCAGUGGGCCGUCAGCCAGGGGCUUGGAGGUUGGAUUCGGCUCUUCACACACCCCCCACUCCCGUGCCCACCUGCCCCUUUUCUGGGAACCACGCUGCUCCCCUGCUAACCCCGCAGAGCCACAGACUACAGACCUCAGACGGCAGGCGUGGCGGCCCUACCGCACCAUAGCAUUUGGCUUAAAACCAGACCAUCUUUGGCGGCCCUCGAAGGUUGUGGCUGAGCUCCCAUGCUUUUGAGUGGCUGGGGCACAUGGCGUAGGAGGUUUUUCUCUAAGUGCAGGGAAGCCACCAUCCACCAGAAUGGAUCUAGGAGAAGGAUCUGGUAGGAGGACGCUUAAUUUACAGCCGGGGACGGAUCUCUUUAAUACGUGCGCUCCCAGCUGUCCUGCUUCUAACCGAUGCAAAUGGUAGCAAGGAGUAACCAGCCCACAGGUUUGCUUCAGGAUUUAAUACACAAUGAUUCUGAUUGUCA